GUAUGCCUUCACUCUUGCUAUUUAUAAAUUGGUGUGACGGAUCGAAAAAUAUGUAAGACGGGUUCUACGGCCGACACAUCUAUUACUCGAUCCCCAGGUGUGGUCUUGGAAUUUCAUUGAGCUCUCUAAUAAGCGACCCCGGCCCAUAAUGUUAGGCCUCAGCUUGUUCUUCAGCGAUUCUAGCAAUUUUGGCGAUCCCAUAAUUUGACUUACGUGGGUUAGCAAUCCUUGUUGCUUUACGUCUAAACUUAUUAGUGUUCUUUUCUCCUUUUUAAGUUUACCUCUAUCCAAAACUUCUCUUUACACUCCUUUAAGUUUGCUUACCAAAUUUGUCGUGCAUUUUGAACGUUGAUCAUAAUUGAUUCUCUUCAGUACUUUUUUGGGACACGUAGGUACAGGCAAACCUUUGCUUUUAUCUUCAUUAAUAAGUAACGAACAAAGCAUGCAAGGAAGCACCUAGGCCUCUCAAUUAUGGCACACACGUACGCAUCCACACAUGCAUGCAUUCACACGUGUGUACACACACCCACCUCCAAUCUGUUGUUAAGUAUCCUACAAUUAAUUUGUUGAUUCAUAUUUAUUUGUUGGAUUCAAGUUGAUGCAUCGCAUGAUCAAGUUUUUUAGGUUGAUUCAAGCGCUUCUUAACACAAAUCCCAUGUUCCUCUUACUCAAAAGUAAAUGCAAUUAAACUUAUACGUAUCUAAUCGUUUCUGAUUUUAAUUAGCAAAUUUAUUUAAGGGAUCGUACUUCUUUCUUUUUCUCCCGCGCGCCUUAUGGAAGCUCGUAGAAGCACGCACACACCGCGCACGUGUCCUUCCCGUCUCUUCCAUUUUAUUUUCAAAAAAUGAAAAAAUAUAAACGAAAUAAUAAUAGAAAAAUGAAAAAGAAAGCACUCGAAGUUUCACGUCUACACCCAGUGCCGUUUCCACCCUCCUAUAAAUGUCGAACACCUCCCUGAUCACGAAACGCAGCCCAUAUACAUACAAUUAAGUAAAGCACGCCCAUUCGGACGUAUGUACGUAAUUUGAUUAUAUAAUUAUUAUCAUUAAGAUUACUCAAAUAAAUGUCGAUCGACCCGAUAUUCCUGUUCGACCCGUUCGACCUGUGGGAUCUGGACGAUACGUCGUACGGUGCACGCGUGGACUGGAAGGAGACGGCGGAGGCGCACGUGAUAAAGGCGGAUCUGCCCGGGGUGAGGAAGGAGGAGGUGAAGGUGGAGGUGCAGGACGGGAACGUGCUGCAGAUAAGCGGGCAGAGGAAGCGGGAGGAGAACGAGGAGGGCGACGACGUCAACAAGCUGAAGGAGAAGGAGGCCGAGGGCAGCAGCUGGCACCGCCUGGAGCGCCGCUUCGGGAGCUUCCUGCGGCGGUUCCGGCUCCCGCGGGACGCCAAGACGGACGAGGCCAAGGCGUCCAUGGAGAACGGCGUCCUCACCGUCACCGUGCCCAAGCAGGACAAGCAGCAGCCCACGUCCAAGGCCAUCGACAUCUCAUCUGCCUGAUCAUCGAUCGAUCAUGCAUAUGCCGUCGAUCAUAUAUCUGCAUGCAGGUCUAGAUCUGGACUUCUACUGAUCAUUGGUUUUGUGACGAAAGCGGCGCGUGUGCAUGCAGUGUGUGUGUGUGUGUGUGAUACGUACUAGGGGUCUGCUAGCUAUAGUUAAUAAAAGAGUGUUAGUUAGCUGCUUGAAGCGAGCAUGUGUAGUACGUGUGUUUAAAUUUCCACGUUCAGGUUUGUUUUCUUCCCGGCCCCCCCUGUUUGCUGUGUUGCAGCCCAAAAAUGCACUAGCUAGUAAUUAAAUAAAGGGCCUAGCUACUUCCAGUGUUAUGUCCUAAUUUAUUAA